AUGACAGAAAGGGGCCAUGACCAGGACACACUGCAGUUCAGGGUCAAAGUGAAGGAGCUGUGGAAUGCCUAUCACAAGGCGCGGGAGGUAAACCACCACUCCGGUGCUACGCCCACGAGCUGCCAGUUCUACAAAAAGCUGGAUGUGAUACUCGGUGGCGACCCCACCUCCAUUGCGAAGGCAACUGUGGCUACUUCAGUGGUUCGCGUGCCAGUCAAGGGUGGACCGAGCCAGGAGGAGGAAAUCUUGGACGAGGAUGGGGAGGGGGAACCAGCAGCAAAGGAUGACUCGGAGGUCAGAGAUGCAUGCAAUCAGGAGCUCUUCUCUGCCCCAGAGGAAGCUAGCAAAUCACAGCUGUUGGAGCUUGGCGAAGCACAAACAGGAGAGGAGGCCCCUGAAAAAUGGCUGAUUUGGGGAAUCGCUGAAGCGAGUGAAAUGGAGAUACCAGAUUCCAAUGAUCCUCUGAGUCAAGUGGAUGGACAUGACAGGCAAAUUCCAACACCUAAAGGUUACUUUCUGACCUUUCUGGAACCAGUCAACAAUAUCACCAUCGUCCAGGGCCAGACAGCAAUUCUCCAUUGCAAGGUAGCAGGAAAUCCUUCCCCCAACGUCAGAUGGUUAAAAAACGAUGCACCAGUGGUUCAGGAGCCAAGAAGGAUCAUCAUAAGAAAAACAGAUUAUGGUUCACGGUUAAGAAUCCAAGAUCUCGACACUACUGACACUGGGUACUAUCAGUGUGUAGCUACUAAUGGAAUGAAGACAAUAACUGCGACAGGAGUUCUUUUUGUAAGGCUUGGCCCAACAAACAGCCCGAAUCACAAUUUUCAAGAAGAUUACCAUGAAGACGGGUUCUGUCAGCCUUACAGGGGAAUUGCAUGUGCACGAAUCAUUGGAAACAGGACCAUUUACGUGGACUCCCUCCAGAUGCAAGGAGAAAUUGAAAACCGAAUUACUGCCGCAUUUACCAUGAUUGGCACUUCUACCCAUUUAUCUGAUCAGUGCUCGCAGUUUGCCAUCCCAUCAUUCUGCCACUUUGUGUUUCCACUGUGUGAUGAGCGCUCUCGGACCCCCAAGCCAAGGGAGCUGUGUCGGGAUGAAUGUGAAGUUCUGGAGAAUGACCUCUGUAGGCAGGAAUAUAACAUUGCUAGGUCCAAUCCCCUCAUUCUGAUGCAACUACAACUGCCCAAGUGUGAGGACCUGCCACUGCCUGAAACUCUGGAGGCUGCCAACUGUAUAAGAAUUGGGAUCCCUAUAGAACGGCUCAACAGAUAUCACCAGUGUUACAAUGGCUCUGGAGCUGAUUAUAGAGGGACCAUUAGUGUCACCAAAUCAGGCCACAACUGUCAGCAUUGGAAUUCCCAGCAUCCUCAUAACCAUGAUCUGACAAGCACACAGUUUCCAGAGCUAGGAGGUGGACAUGCAUAUUGCCGAAAUCCUGGAAGUCAGAUGGAUGGUCCCUGGUGUUUUACACAGAAUAAAAACGUACGCAUGGAACUGUGUGAAGUACCGUCUUGUAGUCCACGUGACAACAGCAAAAUGGGGAUCCUCUACAUUCUGGUUCCCAGCAUAGCCAUUCCUUUGGUUAUUGCCUGCCUUUUCUUCUUGGUCUGCAUGUGUAGGAACAAACAAAAGGCAUCUGCUGCUACACCCCAACGUCGCCAGUUGAUGGCAUCUCCUAGCCAGGACAUGGAAAUGCCACUUAUUAAUCAGCACAAACAGACUAAACUUAAAGAGAUCAAUCUGUCUACUGUGAGGUUUAUGGAAGAGCUAGGGGAAGAGAGGUUUGGAAAAGUCUACAAGGGGCAUCUCUUUGGUACAACGCCCGGUGAACAGACACAAGCUAUUGCCAUCAAAACACUCAAAGACAAAGCAGAAUUGGCUCUUCGGGAAGAAUUCAAACAUGAAGCAAUGAUGAGAUCACGUUUACAGCACCCAAAUAUUGUCUGCUUGCUGGGAAUAGUGACAAAAGAACAGCCCAUCAGCAUGAUUUUUAGUUAUUGUUCCCACAGUGAUCUCCAUGAGUUUUUAGUUAUGAGAUCUCCCCAUUCUGAUGUUGGCAGCACUGAUGAUGACAAGACAGUAAAAUCAGCUCUGGAACCAGCAGAUUUUUUUCACAUUGUGACUCAGGUAGCUGCGGGAAUGGAAUACCUCUCAAGUCAUCAUAUCGUUCACAAGGACUUAGCCACCAGAAAUAUAUUGGUAUUUGAUAAGCUUAAUGUGAAAAUAUCUGAUUUAGGCCUUUUCAGGGAAGUUUACUCUGCUGAUUACUAUAAACUCAUGGGAAAUUCCCUUCUUCCUAUCCGAUGGAUGUCCCCUGAGGCUAUCAUGUAUGGCAAAUUUUCUGUUGAUUCAGAUAUUUGGUCCUAUGGAGUUGUGCUGUGGGAAAUUUUCAGCUAUGGCCUGCAGCCUUACUGUGGUUAUUCUAACCAGGAUGUCAUUGAAAUGAUAAGGAAUCGACAGGUUUUGCCAUGUCCAGACGACUGCCCCACAUGGAUAUACACUUUGAUGUUGGAAUGUUGGAAUGAAUUCCCCAACAGAAGACCAAGAUUUAAAGAUAUUCACAAUAGACUAAGAACAUGGGGAAACAUUUCUAAUUACAACAGCUCAGCACAAACCUCUGGGGCAAGCAACACCACACAAACAAGUUCUCUCAGCACAAGUCCCGUUAGUAAUAUCAGCAAUGCUAGGUACAUUGGACCAAAGCAGAAAACUCAAGCGUUCCCUCAACCACAGUUCAUACCAAUGAAAGGGCAGAUCAGACCAAUGGUCCCACCUCCUCAGCUCUACAUUCCUGUCAAUGGUUAUCAACCAAUGCCAGCGUAUGGCGCCUACUUGCCAAAUUUUUACCCGGUCCAAAUCCCAAUGCAAAUGGCUCCACAGCAAAUGCCUCCACAGAUGAUUCCAAAACCGGGCUCCCAUCACAGUGGGAGUGGUUCUACCAGCACAGGCUAUGUAACAACAGCACCCUCCAAUGCAUCUGUGGCAGACAGGGCUGCUCUGCUCUCAGAGGGUACAGAUGAUACACAUAAUGGAGCAGAAGAUAUAGCCCAGAAACCUGUCCAGGAAGAAGAGGAGGAGGAGGGUUCUGUACCAGAAACAGAAUUACUGGGGGAUAAUGACACUCUUCAGAUGGAUGAAGCAGAGAUUCAAUCAGAAGCCUAA